AUGACCAAGGUAGUUGUUCGAUCACAGACUGUGCUCCAUUCGAGCUUCGCAAAAGACUUGGUGAACUACUUCGACAAGCUUCAUGUGCCACAUGCAGUUCACAAGACUUCUUUUCAGUUCACGGUGGGCGUUUCUCUGGCGCGGAUGAAGCCACUGCUCAGCAACGCUAUGCCUCAUGCUGCCCGCGCGCACGUCCACAAGCUUUGCAGGAGCCUCCAGUGCAGCGACAGCUAUGAGGGCUUGCUGCAUCUGGGCUCGAUGGUCCUGCGACAAGCUGCCAGCUGCGGUUCCUGUGGCUUCCCAAAGCGAUGCCAGUCCCCAUGGUUGCUCCGAACGCACUUCGGAGACCUGGUUCGUAGCCUUCCCGUCGAGGAGCGAGGAAACCUGACCGACGACCUGCUGCAUGCUUGGGGCGGAGAUCCGGAUGCCCCCCUCUACCCAGAGGGCAUCAUGGACUAUCUGCACUUUCCAGAGAUGGCGGAAGUCGGGGGCAUG